AACCCCACCCUCCCCAACCAUGACCUCCUGGGACACAUCACAUGUUCAAUCUGCAAAGUAGUUGUGAAGGUCCUGCGCAGUGAAAGUCGGAACAGUAUCGGUAUCGUGCCGGAACAGAGGGCUAACGCGUGCAUGCGCGGGAUUGACGUCAUCACCACUCACAGAGCCGGAGCCGCAAACCUGCAAGAAACACAGAGGGAACAUGUCAGCUCCCUUAGCGGUGACCGUGCGGACCUGUGGGAGCUUUGUUUUAAGAGACUGCGUGAAGGUGUAGUUCAAGAUUUGGAAAGGCAGAGACGGAAACAAGACAACCUGCGCCUUCUUAAUGAACACAUUGAGUUGACUAAACAGCUGGAGUCCGAACGUGAGAAGGCUUUUAAGUGAAACGUCCAAGAAAUCAUAUCGGUGGACUUCUGCCUGAAACAAGGACAGCUGAUUUUUAUUAUUUGUGACUUUUCUAUACACUUUCAGAUUGGCCUUGUCCUACCUAGCGAUCGCACUCGGUUGUCAUUGUGAUAAAAAAAGACCUGAUGGGCUCCUAAUAAAAGUGCCUAAACUAUA